CGGGCAGCGCGGAGGCCGUGAGAGUCCGGGAGCGCUCCGGGUUACAAGAAGAGGAAGCGCGGUUAGAGGGGCCCGAAGAGCCACGGCCGUCGCUAUGGGGCUGGAGGCGGCGCGCGAGCUGGACUGCGCGGCGCUGGGCGCGCUGCUGCGGGAGCCGCGGGAGGCCGAGCGCACGCUGCUGCUCGACUGCCGCCCCUUCCUGGCCUUCUGUCGGCACCACGUGCGCCACGCGCGGCCCGUGCCCUGGAACGCGCUGCUGCGGCGCCGAGCGCGGGGCCCGCCCGCCGCCGCCCUCGCCUGCCUGCUGCCCGACCGUGCGCUGCGGGCGCGCCUGGCCCGCGGGGAGCUGGCGCGGGCCGUGGUGCUGGACGAGGGCAGCGCCUCGUUGGCCGCGCUCCCGCCCGACGGCCCGGCACACGCGCUGCUCUCCGCGCUGCUGCCCGAGACCCGCGCGGGGCCCACGGCCGUCUGCUUCCUGCGAGGCGGCUUCGACGGCUUCCAGGCCUGCUGCCCCGAUCUGUGCUCCGAGUCCCCCGCCCCGGCCAUGUCGCCUGUUGGGGCCGAGAACAGCCGUCCUGACGCCAGGGCUCCCUUUUACGACCAGGGCGGCCCCGUGGAGAUCUUACCCUACCUGUUCCUGGGCAGCUGCAGCCACUCCUCCGACCUGCAGGGGCUGCAGGCUUGUGGCAUCACAGCUGUCCUCAACGUCUCCGCCAGCUGCCCCAACCACUUUGAGGGCCUUUUCCGCUACAAGAGCAUCCCGGUGGAGGACAACCAGAUGGUGGAGAUCAGUGCCUGGUUCCAGGAGGCCAUAAGCUUCAUUGACUCGGUGAAGAACGCUGGAGGCCGGGUACUCGUACACUGCCAGGCGGGCAUCUCACGCUCCGCCACCAUCUGCCUGGCUUACCUGAUCCAGAGCCGCCGCGUGAGGCUGGACGAGGCCUUCGACUUUGUUAAGCAACGCCGGGGAGUCAUCUCCCCCAACUUCAGUUUCAUGGGGCAGCUGCUACAGUUUGAGACACAGGUGCUGUGUCACUGAGGCAGGGCCGCACCUUGCUGGCUCCCCCAGGGCCACCGGGUCCCUCCGUUCAGGGCAAGCUGCCCCUUCCCUGGAAUUCGAAAAGCCCCCAGCUGGUGGUGCUGGGAGUGUGGGAAUGCUGGACUUUCUCACCUGGUGCUCUUCUGCUAGGUUUGAGGGCUGGCCCUCAUCCCGGGGGACCAGAAUGGAGGGCGUGUCUGCUUCCCCUCGCCCCUCUGUCUCCUGGCAGAAACUGACUGGACUCUACACCCAUGGGUUCCCACUGGUCCCACCACCGUGUUGAAGCCCUUGGCAGCCCGAGAGCUCUAAGGGAACAAGCUGUGACAAUCAGGAGCCCCGCCUGCAGGGGCGGGGAGCGGGGGAGUUCCACUACAGGCCUGGAGUCUGAGCCCUGAGCUCCUGGGGAGCUGGGUGUCAGGGAAGUGACGCGUCUGUGGCGUCCGGACCUCUGUGCUUGCGUGUGCGCACGUGUGUAUGUGUGUGAGUGUUUCACGCCUGUGUUGGCCAGGCGCUGGAAAGUUAUUUGUGUUCAGCUGACAUUUAACACUCCCUCCCCCACUUCCUCCCGGCCCUGUGGGCGGGGGUUGGAAACUUAGCACUUUAUAUUUAUACAGAACAUUGAGGAUGCGUCAAUAAAAUAUUGUUUUGUUUAAAAAACAA